UGGCCUGUGGGUAGAAACUGUUUGUCAGUCUCGUAGUCCUGGAUUUCAGGGUCCUGUAUCGUCUGCCUGAUGGUAGGAGGCUGAAGAGACUGUGCUGGGGGUGUUUUGCAUGGUCUGGUGUACCUAAUCAAGUGGCCAGUGAAGAGGAUGAGGGAGGGCGUGUGAACAUGUGCUCCUGCAGCGUCCAAUGGCUGGGACUCACAUCUUCAUCAUCAUCAUCAUCAUCAUCAUCAUCAUCAUCUCCCCCCCUGCGGUGAAGGAGAUUGGCUGGGAGUGUUGUGGUGUGGGACCAGGACGCGGCAGGCGGGAGGACACGCUGCGUGACGCUGUCCAGGAUGUAGGAGGAGAGCGACAUCUUCAAGGACACACGUGGAGGAGGAAGAAGAAGAAGGAUGUUGUCCACGGCUCAGCAGAUGCUGCAGGACAGUCGCUCCAAGAUGGAGAACAUCCGACUGCAGAUCAUCAAAGUGGCCCAGGCGGGGGUCGGCCAGGACCACGCCCACCGCGACCACGGUGGAGGGGCGUCUCAGCCGGCCGUCAGCCCGGAGGACGCCCGCCUGGCCGAGCUGCAGUACUACAUGCAGAGAGAACACGAGGCCUGGGAGCGGGCCAAGGACCUCCUCAGGCGGACCGAGGAGACGUCCUCGCCUGACCGCGCAGAGGCGGAGAUCCGAGAGCGCGAUUCUUCCCAGAAGUUGAGUUUGCUGCGCGUCGCCGUGGAGACGUGCCUGCACGACGGGAGGGUGGAGUCGGUCCACAAGCGCCCGGCGGCCAUCUUGUCCAGCAGACCGCCGUCAUUAACGGGGAAGCUGGAAGUCCGACUCCUCGGAUGUGAGGACCUCUUGUGUCCUCCGAUUCACCUGGACCGGGUCCCCGAGGAGUCCCCGGCUGCUGCCACACCUUCAGCCCAGACCAGCGCCGUGCUGAGGCUGGACGGCAGACCGGUGGACAGGACGCCAUGGACCAGUGCGGCCAAGCUGACCUGGGAUCAGACCUUCUGUCUCCAACUGGAGAGAUCCCGGGAGCUGGAGGUGGACGUCUUCUGGCGGGACGAGGAGACCAUGUGUGGCGUGGUCUUCCUGCGCCUGGAGGAGCUGCUGGACCACCAGACCUGGUCCUCGCAUGUGUGGCGUCUGGAACCACGAGGUCUCCUCCACGUCCAGUGUCGCCUGGUGGACGUGCUGGUAGAACAUCCGCCCAAACUCAGACGUCAGAGAUGCAUCUUCACCAAAGAGAGAGGUAAGAAGUUUGUGCGUGCGGCUCAGAUGAACAUGAACUUCACCACCUGGGGUCACCUGAUGAUGAACGUCAUCCCUCGCUACGCCUCCUUCAGCACGCUCAGCUCCGCCCUCGCCGCUGCCAUCGCCGCCGAGCGCACGCCACCCAGUGAGGACAGAAGUCCUCCCUGCCAGCAGGAGGCGACACAGGGCGACCACCGGGCCUCAACCACAGUCUUGCUUCAAGGGCAGCUGUCGUCCUUCAGCAGGAGCGAAGAAGACGAGUCUCCUGCCAAGAUGCGAGUGGAGGACCUGCGCUACGUGUCGGUGCUGGGCCGAGGCCACUUUGGGAAGGUAGCGGCCUCCCGUCAGUGGACGUGGUCUCAGCCCGCGGCGUCACCACGUCCUCUCUCGUCUUCUCCUGUCAGUCUCCCUUGGAAAUGUUGUGUCCAGGUGCUGCUGGCCGAGUCCCGCAGGACCGGCGGACUCUACGCCGUCAAGGCCCUGAAGAAGAGUGACGUGGUGACGCGGGACGAGGUGGACAGCCUGAUGAGCGAGAAGAGGAUCUUCCAGAUGAUCACCGCCUGCGACCAUCCCUUCCUGGUCCACCUCCACGCCUGCUUCCAGACCAGCGAGCACGUGUGCUUCGUCAUGGACUACCUCCCCGGGGGGGACCUCAUGAUCCACAUCCACAACCAGGCCUUCAGCCAGGAGCAGACCAGGUUCUACUCGGCCUGCGUGCUGCUGGCCUUGGACUUCCUGCACGGCAACAGGAUCAUCUACAGAGACCUGAAGCUGGACAACCUGCUGAUGGACGCCGACGGCUUCGUCAAAAUGACCGACUUUGGCCUUUGUAAAGAAGGGAUGUCUCACGGAGACCGGACAUCCACCUUCUGCGGGACGCCGGAGUUCCUGGCGCCGGAGGUUCUGACGGACGACGACUACACGCGGGCCGUGGACUGGUGGGGGAUGGGCGUGCUGAUCUACGAGAUGCUGGUGGGCGAGUCUCCCUUCCUGGGCGAGGACGAGGAGGAGGUGUUCGACAGCAUCGUCAACGACGACGUCCACUAUCCCGCCUCGCUUCCUCCGGACGCCGUGGCCAUCAUGCAGAAGCUGCUGAAGAAGAACCCGCUGAAGAGGCUCGGUGCUGGAGAGAGAGACGCCAACGAGCUGAAGGGAGAGACUUUCUUUCAGGAAGUGGAGUGGGAGGCGCUGCUGGCCAAGAAGGUGAAGCCUCCUUUCCUGCCGUCCAUCAAAGAGUCGGCCGACGUCAGCAACUUCGACAGCGACUUCACCAGCUUGCAGCCCGUUUUGUCGCCGCCCUCCCGACCAGGCAGUCUGUCAGACGAGCAGCAAGGAGCCUUCGCCGACUUUGACUUCUGCGCUCUGCACGGCUGAGCUGGGAUGGAUCCUCCCGCGUGCUCACCUAGUCAAGGAAGUGCUUCCUGCUUCGACAAGCUCCGCCCACGACUCCUGCAUGGCGCCUGAUGUAGCAGCGCAAACAAAAUAAAGAAGAAGCCAUCCAGCUAGAGUACAUGUAGUGCGGGGGUGUCCUAACUUUACCCCCAUUUUGAUUAUUUGUCAUUUUCUAAAUCCACACAAUAUUUACAUUUUUUUUAACAUUUCCAGGACCCGCAAGGGUCUCAGUCAUAAAAAUGCUACAAAUAAGUCAUAAAUUGUUUAUUUUUUGCAACUUUUAAAUCUAUAGAUCAACAUCAGAUCUAUCUAUAUCAAAAUAAGUUUUCUUAUUUUGUUCUCGGCUCUUUUGUUAAAGAAAACUAUUUGUUUUAUGGCAAAAACACAAAACACACUUAAGUUUUCCCCAAAAAAUGUUUUCAAAGUGUAAUAUUUUAUGUGCAGUAAUUGCAGCAUUAAAUAUGUCAACAAUUCAUAACAACAUUGAUUUUGAUUCAUUAUUUUUGGAGCAAUGACCUAAAUCCAACUAAAACUUGGGGAUCCAAAAGGUUCCCACAAAAAACAACUAAUUUUUUUAACACUUUUAUAACUUUUAUGUUUAAAUCUGAAGAUCAACUUAAGAUUUGUCACUUAUAAGUUUUUAUUAUUAUUUUUUGUUAGUUUUUUUAAUCACAAAACAUAAAAUAUGCAAUAUUGUCCCCCAAAAUAUUUACAAAUGGAAUAUUUGAUGUAAAACAAUAGGAGCUUUAAAUAGGUCAGUAAUUCACAACAACAUUGAUUUUAAAUCAUUAUUAUUUUAAAGCAAUGACACUUUUUGAAAAAAAUCCCACUAAUAUUCUUGGGGACCCAAAAGGGUCCCACUCAUUAAGGUGCUAAAAAUGACUCACACAUACAUACACUUUUUUACUUGUAUGCUUAAAUCUUUAGAACAAUUUCAGAUCUGUCAAGUAUAAGUUUUUUUUAAGGUUUUUUGGUUGUUUUAUGCCAUUUGUUUUUUUUUAUGGAAAACACAAAAUUAGCAAUAUUAUCAGUCAUACAAAUAUAAAAAAAUAAGUCAUAUAUUCUUUUUUUUUUCAACGCUUAAAUCUUUAGAUCAACUUCAAAUCGGUUUAUAUAAGGUUUUUUUUUAUAAAAAUGUAAAUAUUUUGUCAAUAAAAUGUAAAUGGCAAAACACAAAAUAUGCAAACAUUUCCCCAGAAAAAUGUUAAAAGAGGAAUAUUUGAUGUGAAGUAAUGGAACAUGAAAUAGGUCAAUAACUCAUGACAACAAUGAUUUUGAUUCACUAUUAUUUUUUAAGCAAUGACCCAAAAGGGUCCCACUCAUAAAGGUGUUAAAAAAUGAAUACAUUAUUUGAAACUUUUUUACUUUCACACUUAAAUCUCUAGAUCAACUUCAGAUAUUUCCGUCUAUUGUAAGUUUUAAUAUUUUUAAUAUUUUUUUAAUGUAAUUUUUGUCAUAGAAAAAAACAAAAAAUAUACACAAUAUUUUCCCUCCCGAAAAUGUUCAAAGUGUAUCAAUCAAUCAAUAUUUGAUGUGAAGUAAUUGGAGCCUUGAAUAUGUCAAUAAUUCAUUUAUUGUGUUUUAACGAGAAAAAACAUCCUGCAUUGCAACUUUUCAUUGUUACAUUUCACCCUUUUACUACACUUUUUAUGUUAUUUUUUUUAAGUACUAUUUUUGGAAUGAGCUGCGGGCCGCACUUUGGACACCCCUGAUAAUAAAUAUAAUAAUAAAUGGUCCCCAAGUUGUUUAUUUGUCACUGUCGUUGUCCACAGCAACCAUGAAUAAAUAUAAAUAUGUCUACACCAAUAAAUACUGUACAGGGAGGGGGCGUGUCCUCAUGAAAAAGACUGUUACUAACGUAUGAAUGAAUGAGAGCAUUAAUAACAUUAAACAUAAUAAUGCAUUAAUCUACUUCCUCUCUGCUCAUUGGCUUCCUGAUUUCUUGUUGAAUUGAUCUACUUUCUGUCUGAUUCACAACAUGAAAAAAAGUGAUCUUGAGUGUAUGAACAUCCUGUUUCUGAUCUACUUCCUGUUUGAUUCACAACAUAAAAAAAGUGAUCUUUUAAGGCAUGAACUUCCUGUUUCUGAUCUACUUCCUGUCUGAUUCACAACAUGGAAACAUUUUAUUUUGAUUCACAACAUGAAAAAAAGUGAUCUUGAGGGUAUGAACUUCCUGUUUCUGAUCUACUUCCUGUUUGAUUCACAACAUGAAAAAAAGUGAUCUUGAAGGCAUGAACUUCCUGUUUCUGAUCUACUUCCUGUCUGAUUCACAACAUGGAAACAUUUUAUUUUGAGGGUAUGAUCUACUUCCUGUCUGAUUCACAACAUUAAAAAAAAUAGAUUUUGAGGGUAUGAACUUCCUGUUUCUGAUCUACUUCAUGUCUGAUUCAAAACAUGAAAAAAAGUAAUCUUGAGGGCAUGAACUUCCUGUUUCUGAUCUACUUCCUGUCUGAUUCACAACAUGGAAAAAAAGUGAUCUU